UUUAAUACAAUGCUGAUUGGUCCUACAAGACUGAGUUAAAGAGAGUUUCCUUCUACAAGCUUGUUAAAAGAGUCCAGACCAUCUUAUUUUUUUUGUUAUGUUCCCAUGCAUAUAACUUAUUGAAAUCUACUAGUCAUUGUUAAAGAUGGGGUUUUUAGGUGCAUUAGGUUUCCUUUUAUUUUUUGUAACUGUAAUUCAGGUAUCAUAUUUUCCAAUAAGCGGGCUAACAAUUACGGAGAUAAGUUCACCAUCCGCAACCGAGCUUGAGGUGAAAUGGACGCCAGCCUCCGGUGUUAAUUAUUUUCUGGAUUUAAGGGUAGUAAACAGUACUAAUAUUGCACCAAUUGUGCUCUUCUUACCCGAAUCACCUACAGUAAGACUGGUCGGCGGCCUCAGACCUGCCACUGUUUACAAUGUCACAGUUAAAUCCUCGAUAUUGUUCUACGUGGUGGAGUCUACCUGGAAAUUAGCGGCAACAGUACCUGGCACAUCUCAGAUAAUCGGAGCUGAUGCCAUCUCAAGCACUGCGAUCACAGCGCAAUGGUCCGCAGUGACGGGCGCAGAACGCUAUUACCUGAUUGUUAAAUCAGACAGCGAAAACUACAACCUGACAUUUUCCGCUCUGCAGGGGACAAUAAACAAUCUGCAGCCGACCAAAACCUACAUGCUGAAUAUUUACACUGCAAACGCAGGUGGCCUGGGGGCACCGAGCAAAAUAAAAACCGUCACGACAUUGGUUCCGCCGCCAACAGGUGCCACUCUUUCGAACAUUGGUUCGAAUGCAGUGCGUAUUGACUGGCAGCCAGUGGACAAGGUCCUUUUGUAUGGAAUAUUUGUCUAUAAGAAUGAGAACCUCAGCAGCACCCCAGAGAUUUUAAAAACCACAGAUACCUUUGUUGUCAUCAAUAGCCUUAUGACAUGCACCAACUACGUCUUUGGAUUAAGGUCCGCCAACAACUUUAUGAUUUUCGGAGAGGAAUCAUACAUCACUUAUAGGACUGGAAGUGUAGACCCAGCUUCAGCAAUUCAAGCAAACUACAGCUGUGUCGAUGGCUUUGCGACUGUGGCGUGGAAUCCCAGUUCAGGUGCAACUUCAUACAGAGCCUCUGCUACCACUCAGAAUGGGACGGCAGCCCUCUCCUGCACCACAAAAACAACUGGCUGCCAGAUCAUGGGGCUGAAGUGUGGAGCAAAGUACACUGUGCAUGUCUUUGCACUGGCUGGUGGUUGUGAAAGUGUUGCGGAAACAACUGCUGUCUUUCAAACAGUUCCUUGUGCACCUAUAAACCUGGACAUCUACCGGGACUGCUACAGCAAUGUUGUCUUCUUUUCCUGGGAUCCCACUCCUAACACUGACUUCUACUCAGCAACAGCCCUGGGGUCGGACGGGGUGGUGAUGGAGUGCAGGACCACAGACACCUCCUGCUUCUUCACAGAUUUAAACUGUGGAAUGGGGUACAUGUUCAGAGUCUCCUCAGUGAAAGGGGAAUGCAGCAGUUCCAACAGCGCUCCUGCCAGAGCUCGUACAGCACCUUGUGAGCCAACAAAUAUGAAAACCAUAGCAGACUGCCAGUCCGACGUGCUGACUUCAUCCUGGGACACUGCGGCGGGGGCCCUGUCCUACACGGUGGAAGCCACGGGCAACACAAGAAAGCGGUACAACUGCAGCUCCUUCUCCAACAGCUGUUCCAUGCCAGGCGUGCCGUGCGGCGAGAGUUUAAGCGUUUGGAUUAUAGCAUCAGAUGAUCAGUGCACAAGUGCGCAAGCUCUCGGUGAAGUGGCAGAAACAGUACCGUGCACCCCUACGAACGUCACAGCUGAUGCUGGCUGCAGCACAGACUCCCUGUCAGUGUCAUGGAGCUACAGCAGCGGAGCUCUUAUGUACUUUGCCACAGUUGAAGGAUCAGAUGGCACCCAGCAUGCCUGCGUUGCUCGUGACACACAGUGCCAAAUCACAGCUCUGGAGUGCGGGCAGUCAUACACUGUCUAUGUUACAGCAACCAAUCUCAAAUGCAACAGCUCACGGAGUUCCACAGUGACUGUUAAGACAGCUCCUUGUGCACCAGUAGUAACCGAGGCUUUCCUGGAAUGUUCGACUAGUCUGGUUUUAGUGAUGUGGAAUCAGAGUCCAGGAGCCGAGUCCUACACUGCUACACUGCAAUCCAACGAUGGGAGCAACCUGACCUGCAAUACCACGUUUACCAGCUGUAUCAUUCCUGAUCUGAAAUGUGGGGUGCACUACAUGGUCACUGUAAACUCCCAUGAUGGAACAUGUGCAAGUCCUGAAUCAGAAAGCAUUCAAAUGACGUCUGUGCCGUGUAUGCCUGAGAAUAUCAAGACCCACACUGAUUGCGAAACUAGAAUUGUCAAAGUAUUGUGGGAUCCCAGCGCGGGAGCUGAAAUGCACAGUGCCAUAGUGGAAGCUGAAGAUGGGAUCUGGAAGUACUGCAGCUCUACAGGCACAAGCUGUGACAUUGGAGGGCUACAGUGUGGUCAGUCCUACACUGUUUUAGUGAUGUCAUCAAAUGGCACGUGCUAUAGUGAGCCGAGUCAACGUGAAAUAGUUCAGGAAGUGCCCUGUGCACCCUCGAACGUGAAUGGAGAUUUGGCCUGUGAAACCAACACUGUGCACGUCUCAUGGAAUCGAUCAUCUACAGCCACAUCGUACACGGCAACAGUAACAGGUCGGAAUCAUUUCACAAAAUCCUGCUCCACUGGGAACUUAACCUGCAGUGUCGACAGUCUACAGUGUGGAGAGCAAUAUACCAUAACUGUGCUAGCAGAUAAUGGAGAAUGCAGAAGCCCUCAAAGCUCUUCUGCUUCCAUAAAGACAGCCCCUUGUGACCCACAGAACAUUGUUGCUCGUCUGGACUGUAUUACAAGUAUUGCUAUAGUGUACUGGGAUCCCAGCCCAGGUGCGGAGAGCUAUACUGUGAUGGCGGAUGGAAACAAUGACCACGUCAUCUCAUGCAACACACCUAACACCACCUGCCAGCUCAACGAGCUAGACUGUGGACAGCUCUACAAUGUGACAGUGCUGGCACAGGAUUCCAAGUGUAGCAGCACCCCGAUUAACAGUGCCUCUGUUCAAACAGCACCAUGUGCCCCCACUAUAACUGAGGGAAGAGUUGGCUGUGAAAGUAAUACUGCUUCAGUGUCGUGGGUGCCGAUAAACAAAGCUGUGUCCUACACUUUGACUGCCAGAGGAGCAAAUGGGCACCAGCUAUCAUGCAGCGGUACCAAUACUACCUGCAACCUCAACGGUAUGCAAUGUGGACAGACUUACACUGCGUAUGCCACAGCCCAGGGGAGCCAGUGUGAAAGUGCAAAGAGCGCAGGUUACAACAUUGUUGCAGUGCCCUGUGCACCUACACGUGUGGAGGCACACCUGGACUGUGGGGCUCAAACUGCCUCUGUCUCGUGGGCUUACAGUCAGGGAGCAGUGUCCUACACAGCCACUGCAAAAGCAAGCGCUGGACGCCCUUUCUCCUGCAAUUCAACAGGCACCACCUGUAACAUCACAUCUUUACUGUGCGGACAGAAAUACACAGUCACUGUCACGGGACUGGACAAUAAUUGUAACAGUGUCAGAAGCAACUCCACUGAAAUAGAAACAGCCCCCUGCCCCCCUCAGAAUGUAAAUGCCAACCUGAACUGUGCCAGCAACAAUGCUUCAGUGUCCUGGAGUGCUAGCCAAGGUGCAGUUUCCUACAGGGUGACCGCAGUGAGGGAGGACGGACAAACUGAAGCAGCCUGCAGCACCCAGAGCAACAACUGUGAUGUCUCGAACCUGCAGUGUGGACUGAAGUAUGACAUCACAGUGACUCCUCUGGGGCAGAAGUGCACCGGGUUCCAGAGCGCUGCUUUCCAACUCGCAUCAAGGCCAUGUCCUCCAACUAAUGUUUCAACCACACUGGACUGCAGAACUAACAUUGGAUCGGUGUCCUGGAAGCAUGAAUUGGGAGCAGAACUCUUUAUUGCAACAGCAACAGAGAAUGAUGGGCACACGCACACUUGCAACACAAGUGACUCAACAUGCCAAUUUACAGACCUGCACUGUGGGAAUACAUACACUGUAACUGUGGUAGCAGUGAAAGGAGACUGCAAUAGUUCAGACAGCGUUGGUCAUGAAAUUAAAACAGCACCAUGUGCCCCCACUAUAACUGAGGGAAGAGUUGGCUGUGAAAGUAAUACUGCUUCAGUGUCGUGGGUGCCGAUAAACAAAGCUGUGUCCUACACUUUGACUGCCAGAGGAGCAAAUGGGCACCAGCUAUCAUGCAGCGGUACCAAUACUACCUGCAACCUCAACGGUAUGCAAUGUGGACAGACUUACACUGCGUAUGCCACAGCCCAGGGGAGCCAGUGUGAAAGUGCAAAGAGCGCAGGUUACAACAUUGUUGCAGUGCCCUGUGCACCUACACGUGUGGAGGCACACCUGGACUGUGGGGCUCAAACUGCCUCUGUCUCGUGGGCUUACAGUCAGGGAGCAGUGUCCUACACAGCCACUGCAAAAGCAAGCGCUGGACGUCCUUUCUCCUGCAAUUCAACAGGCACCACCUGUAACAUCACAUCUUUACUGUGCGGACAGAAAUACACAGUCACUGUCACGGGACUGGACAAUAAUUGUAACAGUGUCAGAAGCAACUCCACUGAAAUAGAAACAGCCCCCUGCCCCCCUCAGAAUGUAAAUGCCAACCUGAACUGUGCCAGCAACAAUGCUUCAGUGUCCUGGAGUGCUAGCCAAGGUGCAGUUUCCUACAGGGUGACCGCAGUGAGGGAGGACGGACAAACUGAAGCAGCGUGCAGCACCCAGAGCAACAACUGUGAUGUCUCGAACCUGCAGUGUGGACUGAAGUAUGACAUCACAGUGACUCCGCUGGGGCAGAAGUGCACCGGGUUCCAGAGCGCUGCUUUCCAACUCGCAUCAAGGCCAUGUCCUCCAACUAAUGUUUCAACCACACUGGACUGCAGAACUAACAUUGGAUCGGUGUCCUGGAAGCAUGAAUUGGGAGCAGAACUCUUUAUUGCAACAGCAACAGAGAAUGAUGGGCACACGCACACUUGCAACACAAGUGACUCAACAUGCCAAUUUACAGACCUGCACUGUGGGAAUACAUACACUGUAACUGUGGUAGCAGUGGAAGGAGACUGCAAUAGUUCAGACAGCGUUGGUCAUGAAAUUAAAACAGCACCAUGUGCCCCCACUAUAACUGAGGGAAGAGUUGGCUGUGAAAGUAAUACUGCUUCAGUGUCGUGGGUGCCGAUAAACAAAGCUGUGUCCUACACUUUGACUGCCAGAGGAGCAAAUGGGCACCAGCUAUCAUGCAGCGGUACCAAUACUACCUGCAACCUCAAUGGUAUGCAAUGUGGACAGACUUACACUGCGUAUGCCACAGCCCAGGGGAGCCAGUGUGAAAGUGCAAAGAGCGCAGGUUACAACAUUGUUGCAGUGCCCUGUGCACCUACACGUGUGGAGGCACACCUGGACUGUGGGGCUCAAACUGCCUCUGUCUCGUGGGCUUACAGUCAGGGAGCAGUGUCCUACACAGCCACUGCAAAAGCAAGCGCUGGACGCCCUUUCUCCUGCAAUUCAACAGGCACCACCUGUAACAUCACAUCUUUACUGUGCGGACAGAAAUACACAGUCACUGUCACGGGACUGGACAAUAAUUGUAACAGUGUCAGAAGCAACUCCACUGAAAUAGAAACAGCCCCCUGCCCCCCUCAGAAUGUAAAUGCCAACCUGAACUGUGCCAGCAACAAUGCUUCAGUGUCCUGGAGUGCUAGCCAAGGUGCAGUUUCCUACAGGGUGACCGCAGUGAGGGAGGACGGACAAACUGAAGCAGCCUGCAGCACCCAGAGCAACAACUGUGAUGUCUCGAACCUGCAGUGUGGACUGAAGUAUGACAUCACAGUGACUCCUCUGGGGCAGAAGUGCACCGGGUUCCAGAGCGCUGCUUUCCAACUCGCAUCAAGGCCAUGUCCUCCAACUAAUGUUUCAACCACACUGGACUGCAGAACUAACAUUGGAUCGGUGUCCUGGAAGCAUGAAUUGGGAGCAGAACUCUUUAUUGCAACAGCAACAGAGAAUGAUGGGCACACGCACACUUGCAACACAAGUGACUCAACAUGCCAAUUUACAGACCUGCACUGUGGGAAUACAUACACUGUAACUGUGGUAGCAGUGGAAGGAGACUGCAAUAGUUCAGACAGCGUUGGUCAUGAAAUUAAAACAGCACCAUGUGCCCCCACUAUAACUGAGGGAAGAGUUGGUUGUGAAAGUAAUACUGCUUCAGUGUCGUGGGUGCCGAUAAACAAAGCUGUGUCCUACACUUUGACUGCCAGAGGAGCAAAUGGGCACCAGCUAUCAUGCAGUGGUACCAAUACUACCUGCAACCUCAACGGUAUGCAAUGUGGACAGACUUACACUGCGUAUGCCACAGCCCAGGGGAGCCAAUGUGAAAGUGCAAAGAGCGCAGGUUACAACAUUGUUGCAGUGCCCUGUGCACCUACACGUGUGGAGGCACACCUGGACUGUGGGGCUCAAACUGCCUCUGUCUCAUGGGCUUACAGUCAGGGAGCAGUGUCCUACACAGCCACUGCAAAAGCAAGCGCUGGACGCCCUUUCUCCUGCAAUUCAACAGGCACCACCUGUAACAUCACAUCUUUACUGUGCGGACAGAAAUACACAGUCACUGUCACGGGACUGGACAAUAAUUGUAACAGUGUCAGAAGCAACUCCACUGAAAUAGAAACAGCCCCCUGCCCCCCUCAGAAUGUAAAUGCCAACCUGAACUGUGCCAGCAACAAUUCGUCAGUGUCCUGGAGUGCUAGCCAAGGUGCAGUUUCCUACAGGGUGACCGCAGUGAGGGAGGACGGACAAACUGAAGCAGCCUGCAGCACCCAGAGCAACAACUGUGAUGUCUCGAACCUGCAGUGUGGACUGAAGUAUGACAUCACAGUGACUCCUCUGGGGCAGAAGUGCACCGGGUUCCAGAGCGCUGCUUUCCAACUCGCAUCAAGGCCAUGUCCUCCAACUAAUGUUUCAACCACACUGGACUGCAGAACUAACAUUGGAUCGGUGUCCUGGAAGCAUGAAUUGGGAGCAGAACUCUUUAUUGCAACAGCAACAGAGAAUGAUGGGCACACGCACACUUGCAACACAAGUGACUCAACAUGCCAAUUUACAGACCUGCACUGUGGGAAUACAUACACUGUAACUGUGGUAGCAGUGAAAGGAGACUGCAAUAGUUCAGACAGCGUUGGUCAUGAAAUUAAAACAGUUCCCUGUGUGCCGGAUAAUUUAACUGUACAAAUGCAGUGUGCUACAAAUUCUGCUCUCCUGUCCUGGGAUCAAAGUAACAGAAGCCUGGAAUACUUUGUUUCUGCCAGUGGAAGUGAUGGAGAAAAACUAUCUUGCAUUUCCCAAGAACCUGGCUGCACCAUAGAUGGGUUGACUUGUGGCACAAUAUACAGUUUCACUGUGACAGCUUCUAAUGGUGUCUGUAACAGCUCGUUCAGUGUGCCGGUCAUUGCUGGAGCAGUCCCCUGCCCAGCAGAGAGUGUGGCGCUGUCACUACUGCUCUUGGUGGAUGCGGUUCAGGAGGCGAAGGUGGGGUGGAGUGCAGUCCAGUGUGCCGGGGUUGAGUACUCGGUGGAGAUGCACGGGCUGAUCGAAGAUGACCCCCAGGCCCAGUUCAUCCUGACCUCCUACUGGACCACAGCCACAUACUUCUUCUUCCCAGUGCCGUGUAGCUCUACCUACAACGUGACCGUCACCUCCAGGAACUCAGCAGGGAUCGGCUACCCCAGUCCUCCCGUUCAAGGGCUUGCAGUUCCCUGUCCCCCAAAGGGUGUUACAUUUUACACAGAAGGCACUUCACUGGUCAUUUCAUGGAAUGCAUCCGUUCAUGCCAUGGAAUAUGUAGUGUAUAGCUCCAAAGCACAAAGAACUGAGCUCUGCAGAACAUCACACUUUUCAUGUACUGUACCAAAGAAGCAGAAUGACACAAUUGAGGUAACUGCUGUUAAUUCUGCUGGAGAAAGUGAACCAAGCGUGGAAAUUCUUGUUCAAGACACUAAUUUAAAACGCAGAAGAAGAGAUCUUACUGAGGACACUGGAACUUAUGAAGAUUAUACAUCCCCAUUCCCGACUCUUCCACAGUUAUAAUCAAUAUUCUGCAUCAAUUUGCUGCUGUGGACUUUAGAUUGUAACCUGUGAUUUCUUGUGUUUGUAACCUGAGACUGUAUUAAUCAAGUACUAAAAAUAAUUUUAAAUGGUAUAAAAAAAAAUGUUUAAUCUACAGCAAAUUUAUGUUAAGAUUUGUUUUUUGUUUUCAAUAUAGGAAUGUAUUGUACAUUUUUAGUAUGCUUGUGUUUCCCAACUGAUGCUGGACUGUCAGUGCUUGGUCUGAAAGUAGGGUAGUUGCUAUAAAUAGAAAGACUAUUGUUUUUAAGUAGGUCAUACUUACUUUUGUUUAUGUAACCAUAUGAAUAAAAAUGUUGAUUGUUACAUUUACUUACAAUUAACAGUUUUGCUGGAGAUUAAUAAAAAUGAUUUAACAAAGCAAUCAAGUACAGCAGCUACACUGUACCCAAAAAGAUGGGUGGUCAAAGUCUUCCUUUCAUCUACAAUUAAAGCACGUAUCACUAGUAUUUCCUCUAAAUGCAGACUCACUUUCCAAUUUGAAGAGUAUUACUGAGAUUGAAUGUCAUUGAAGAGUGUGAUGAAUAAUGCCUCCCGCUGUCCUGUAUUUUCCUAGUGCACUGUAGAGAUUUAGAAUAUUCUAUAUUUCCCACUAACACACCAGCAUUUCAAAUAAUGAAUUGGAACUGAAUGUGCCUAACAUUCCAAAUGCAAGCUGCACUUUUUACGUAGCACAAUAGACUUGUUGACAAGGCAUGUGUCACAUUUCCCAAAGAAAAUAUAAAGCUAGUAUUUUCCAAGAUAUAAAGCUAGUGGUUUCUAAGAUAUAAUCUUCAAUUGUUAAAUCAGGAAUCAAAACAAGAACACAUGUAUGUGCAAUUAUUCAAUUUCAUUCUCUAGUCUAAACCAUUCAACACAAACACAUUUUAUAUCUUUAAUAAAAGUUUUAUUAGAAAAAAAUUGCACCAAAGCAAUUAACCAAACACAGAGCACAUAAUUUCUUGCAAAGUAUUGCCUUAUACAAAUGCAUCCUGGUAGUUGCUUCAUAGGAAUUAAAACACUCAGAACAUAUGUACACAAUAAUUUUGAAAAAAAAAAAAACCCUUAAA